AUGGCCGGCGCCAAGAGACUUGCUCAACUGGCAAAAAAGUGGCAGAGGGUGGAAGCUCUUGGGAGGAAGAGGCUUAUGGUGACAACCAAGGAAGAUGAAAGUUGCUGCACCUCAGUACCAGCCAAGGGCCACUGCGUCAUAUACACGGCUGAUGGGAGGCGUUUCGAGGUCCCACUGGUGUACCUCAACUCAACUGUCUUCGGCGAGCUCCUGAAGAUGUCUCAGGAGGAGUUUGGCUUUGAAAACAAUGGCAAGAUCACACUGCCUUGUGAUGCAUCAGUGAUGGAGUAUGUUAUGAGCUUGCUCAGGAGAAAUGCCUCUGCCGAGGUCGAGAACGCACUGCUGAGCUCUAUGCUGGACUCUUGCCACUACACUGGUUGUGCAAUGCCUACCGUCGGAGCCAGCCAACAAGUUUGUUGUUUGUAG